GGAGCCGGGGACAGCGAAGGCGGCGGCCAGCGCGGCGGCGGAGCAGCCGGGGCUCGGGGCCGCAGAGGGUGUGGAGCGGACCCGGGUCACGGUGAGGGGGUAUCCCUCAGGUCCUGUCUCCAGGCCUCUGUGACUGGGUGUUCACUGGAGCAGAAGCCGCUGGAAGGCAGAGCCACCGCCAUGUCUACAUUCAGGCAGGAAGACGUGGAGGACCACUAUGAGAUGGGGGAGGAACUGGGCAGCGGCCAGUUUGCCAUCGUGCGGAAGUGCCGGCAGAAGGGCACCGGGAAGGAGUACGCCGCCAAGUUCAUCAAGAAGCGCCGCCUGUCAUCCAGCCGGCGGGGUGUGAGCCGCGAGGAGAUCGAGCGGGAGGUGAACAUCCUGCGGGAGAUCCGGCACCCCAACAUCAUCACGCUGCACGACAUCUUCGAGAACAAGACAGACGUGGUGCUCAUCCUGGAGCUGGUCUCGGGCGGCGAGCUCUUUGACUUCCUGGCUGAGAAGGAAUCUCUGACCGAGGAUGAAGCCACCCAGUUCCUCAAGCAGAUCCUGGAUGGUGUCCACUAUCUGCACUCCAAACGCAUCGCCCACUUCGACCUCAAGGUGAGCCACGGGCAGGGCACUGCCCCUUACGCUUCACCCUUUCCCCCAAGGACGGAGCUGGAGACCCUGGCCAGGUGGGCGAGGGUGGGGCCAGGGAGAGGUGCUUGGGAUCUGAGGGAUAGGAUCCCUCUGUCUCUUUGUGAGCUGUGGGACCUGGAGCAAGCCCUUCCUGAGCUCCAUUUCUCUGUUUCAUGAAGAUAACGUUACCUAGUUGUUGUCUUUUGUUUAGUCACGUUUGAUUGCAUUUCUUUUUUUUCUAUACCUCCACCCAUUUUUUUUAAAAUAAUUUUUAUUGUGCUUUAAGUGAAAGUUUACAAAUCAAGUCAGUCUCUCAUAUAUAAACUUAUAUACACCUUACUCCAUACUCCCAUUUACUCUCCCCCUAAUGAGUCAGCCCGCUCCCUCCUUCCAGUCCCUCCUUUCCUGACCAUUUUGCCAGUUUCUAACCGCCUCUAUCCUCCUAUGUCCCCUCCAGACAGGAGAGGCCAACACAGUCUCAAGUGUCCACCUGAUACAAGUAGCUCACUCCUCAUCAGCAUCUCUCUCCAACCCAUUGUCCAGUCCAAUCCAUGUCUGAUGAGUUGUCUUCGGGAAUGGUUCCUGUCCUGGGCCAACAGAAGGUCUGGGGACCAUGACUACCGGGAUUCUUCUAGUCUCAGUCAGACCAUUAAGUCUGGUCUUUUUAUGAGAAUUUGGGGUCUGCAUCCCAUUGUUCUCCUGCUCCCUCAGGGGUUCUCUGUUGUGCUCCCUGUUGGGGCAGUCAUCGGUUGUGGCCGGGCACCAUCUAGUUCUUCUGGUCUCAGGAUGAUGUAAGUCUCUAGUUCAUGUGGCCCUUUCUGUCUCUUGGGCUCUUAGUUACCUUGUGACCUUGGUGUUCUUCAUUCUCCUUUGAUCCAGGUGGGUUGAGACUCAUUGAUGCAUCUUAGAUGGCUGCUUGUUAGCAUUUAAGACCCCAGACGCCACACUUCAAAGUGGGAUGCAGAAUGUUUUCUUAAUAGAAUUAUUUUGCCAGUUGACUUAGAUGUCCCCUGAAGCCAUAGUCCCCAAACCCCCGCCCUUGCUCUGCUGACCUUCAAACAUUCAGUUUGUUCAGGAAACUUCUUUGCUUUUGGUCCGGUCCAGUUGAGCUGACCUUCCGUGUAUUGAGUAUUGUCCUUCCCUUCACCUAAAGUAGUUUUUAUCUACUAACUAAUCAGUAAAUAACCCUCUCCCACCCUCCCUCACUCCCCCCCUCGUAACCACAAAAAAAUGUGUUCUUCUCAGUUUAAACUAUUUCUCAAGAUCUUGUAAUAGUGGUCUUAUACAAUAUUUGUCCUUUUGCAUCUGACUAAUUUCACUCAGCAUAAUGCCUUCCAGGUUCCUCCAUGUUAUGAAAUGUUUCACAGAUUCCUCACUGUUCUUUAUCGAUGCGUAGUAUUCCAUUGUGUGAAUGUACCAUAAUUUAUUUACCCAUUCAUCCGUUGAUGGACACCUUGGUUGCUUCCAUCUUUUUGCUAUUGUAAACAGUGCUGCAACGAACAUGGGUGUGCAUAUAUCUGUUCAUGUAAAGGCUCUUAUUUCUCUAGGAUAUAUUCCGAGUAGUGGGAUUUCUGGGUUGUAUGGUAGUUCUAUUUCUGACUUUUUAAGGAAAUGCCAGAUAGAUUUCCAAAGUGGAUGUACCAUUUUACAUUCCCACCAGCAGUUCCAAUCUUUCCACAGCCUCUCCAACAUGUAUUAUUUUGUGUCUUUUGGAUUAAUGCCAGCUUUGUUGGAGUGAGAUGGAAUCCCAUUGUAGGUUUUUCUCAUGUAUCUGUUAGCUGCCUGAGUAUCUUCUUUAGUGAAGUGUAUGUUCAUAUCCUUUGCCCAAUUUUUAAUUGGGUUGUUUGUCUUUUUGUGGUUGAGUUUUAACAGAAUCGUAUAGAUUUUAGAGAUCAGGUGCUGGUCAGAGAUGUCAUAGCUGAAAAUUCUUUCCCAAUCUGUAGGUGGUCUUUUUACUCUUUUGGUGAAGUCUUUAGAUGAGCAUAGGUGUUUGAUUUUUAGGAGCUCCCAGUUAUCUGGUUUCUCUUCAUCAUUUUUGGUAAUGUUUUGUAUUCUGUUUAUGCCUUGUAUUAGGGCUCCUAACGUUGUCCCUAUUUUUUCCAUGAUCUUUAUCGUUUUAGUCUUUGUGUUUAGGUCUUUGAUCCACUUGGAGUUAGUUUUUGUGCAUGGUGUGAGGUAUGGGUCUUGUUUCAUUUUUUUGCAAAUGGGUAUCCAGUUAUGCCAGCACCAUUUGUUAAAAUAAUUACAUUUUUUUAAAAUAAUUUUUAUUGUGAUUUAAGUGAAAGUUUACAAAUCAAGUCAGUCUCUCAUGUAUAAACUUUUAUACACCUUACUACAUACUCCCAUUUGCUCUCUCCCUAAUGAGUCAGCCUGCUCCCUCCUUCCAGUCUCUCCUUUCGUGACCGUUUUCCCAGUUUCUAACCCUUUCUGGCCUCCCAUCUCCCCUCUAGACAGGAGAUGCCAACGCAGUCUCAAGUGUCCACCUGAUACCAGUAGCUCCCUUCUCAUCAGCAUCUCUCUCCAACCCACUGUUGCGUUUCUGUUUAUUGCGGUGAGAAUACACACAACGAAACCUUUACCAAUUCUCCAGUUUCCGCAGGUACGAUUCAGUGACAUUGAUUACGCUCUUCAAGGAAUGCAGCCGUUCUCACUGUCCUUCUCUGAGCCGUUCCACCACAGUUAACCUAAACCGAAUGCCCUCUAAGCAAAAACCCCUCCUCUCCCCUGCCCCCAGUAACCAGAAAUUAUUUUUGGUUUUCUAUGUAUUUGGUACAUGUAAGUGAGCUCAUACAGUAUCUGUCUUCUUGCUGUUGUCUUGCAUAGUGUUUUCAGGGUUCAUCCACCUUGUGGCACGCGUCAGAACCCCGUUUCUCUUCAUGGCUGAGUAACAUCCCUUGUGUGGACGGGCCGCGUUUUGUUUACCCGUUCUUCUGUGGGUGGACAUUUCAGUGGUUUCCACCUUUUGGCUAUUGUGAAAAACGCCGCAGUGAAUAUCAUGUACAGGUUUCUGUGUGGGUUUAGCUGUGUUUUAAAAAGAACUUUUUACCUUGGGAUAAUUUUCGAUAGCAGAGAUAGUACAGAGAGUUCCCAGUUCCCGUCUGCCCUUCACCCAGCCUCCGCUAAUGUUACCAUCGCCUGUCACCACACGUGUUUCUCAGGGUGAGAAGGUACCGUUGGUGCAGUACCACCAACUCAGCCACUGACCUUCCUGGGCU